AUGGAUCAAACCCGCAACGUGUUCACAGACGCAGAUGACGAAUCGGAAAUUCGGUCUCGCUACGUGCAGGCCGGUCAGGAGCAUGUGUUCCAACACUACGCCCAAUUGUCGCCGACGGAAAGGACAUCUUUUCUGCAUCAGCUGCGGGACAUUCAGGUUGAAAACGUUGCCAUUUUAUUGAAGUCAGCCGAAUCUAUCGACCAAGGAGAGCCCACCGACGAGACAGCUAUUGCGCCUUUUCCUACCAAUAUUGUUGGUAGAUCUACUGAUGAGACGCUUGUGCGAGAUUCCUACACAACGGGCAUGGAAGCCAUUCGAAAGAAUCAAGUAGCUACCCUAGUAUUAGCCGGAGGUCAAGGAACUAGAUUGGGAUUUGACGGUCCCAAGGGCAUGUACAGUAUUGGCCUACCGAGCGAACGGACACUCUUUGCCAUGAUGGCGCUGAGGAUCCGAAAACUUGCGGCACUAGCCGGUGAGGAAAAUGUUGCUUUACCGUUUUAUGUCAUGACCUCGCCCCUCAAUCACGACGCGACAGUGGCAUACUUCCAUUCCAAAGAGUAUUUUGGGCUGCCGGAGAGUGACGUGUUUUUCUUUCAGCAGGGAACUCUUCCCUGCCUGACGAAAGACGGUAAGAUUAUUCUCGAACGAGCAGGGAAAGUAGCCGUCGCUCCCGACGGCAACGGUGGUAUAUACCCUGCCUUGCAGCGCUCCGGUGCGCUGCAAGAUAUGAUGACCAGGGGUGUCCGAUAUCUUCACGUAUUUAGCAUUGACAAUGCCUUGAUCAAACCAGCAGAUCCGGUCUUUCUCGGAUACUGCAUCGGACAAGGAGCCGACUGUGGCAACAAGGUUGUGUGGAAGUCGCACGCACAUGAAAAAGUUGGAGUUGUGGCGUCUCGAGGCGGGAAGCCUUGUAUCGUGGAAUAUUCCGAAAUCACAACAGAAAUGGCGGAGAGCACGGAUGAUGACGGGCGAUUGCUGUUUGGAGCGGGCAACAUCUGCAAUCACUUUUAUACUUUAGACUUUCUGAGAGAGAAGAUUCUACCCAACAUGGGCAACAUGUAUCACAUUGCGCACAAGAAGAUUCCCUUUUAUGACGCAGCUACUCAAUCCACAGUUGCCCCGACCGAAAAUAACGGCAUCAAGCUGGAGACUUUUAUUUUUGACGUCUUUCCCCUUUCCGUGAAUAUGGCCGUUUUUGAAAUUGAACGAAGCGAAGAAUUUUCGCCCGUCAAGAAUAAGGCAGGGUCGGAAGCGGACAGUCCAGAUACGGCUCGAGCCAUGGCUUCCGAUCAGGCUAAAAAAUGGAUCAAAAAUGCUGGUGGUAACUUGAUCGGAAAGAUUUCACCACUCACUUCCUAUGGCGGAGAAGGAUUGGAGCACUAUGAAGGUCAGGAUGUUGCCUGUCCGUUUAGCCUAUGA